CUGGGCAAUGCAGUGGUUAAGAGGAUGGCCGGAGGGCCUUUAGGCGAGCCUUGGCCCUCCCACUGACCAGCUGUGUGCUUCUGAGUAAGGUGUAGACUUUCUAGGUACUGCCGUGUUUUUUUGUUUUUGUUUUUUUAAUCUGAGAGGCCGCAUAACCUAGCUAGCGGGUUCUUUGCAAGGGUUCAUUCCACAUGCAUCCUGCCAGACACUGGGCUGGGUGUUGGAAGAUCAGCCUUCCAUGCGCCAGGCGGGGUCUCUGCCCUCACAGAGCUUGCAGCCUGGUGGGGUCGGACAGUGUGGCUGCGGAGCUUCUCUGCCCGGCUCCUGACACACCGGCAGCAGUGCAGGUCCGGGGAGCGCGGGGAGACCGCCCGCAGGGUAACGUGUGGAGCCAGCCGGCCGGACAGUGCGCAUGCACACACUACCUGCGGCGGUGUGCUGACAAGCCAAUUGCAGGUACUCCAUCUUACAAAACGCGCUUCAUGUCGCCGCCAUUCCAAUGCCUAACCCAGAGAGGGCAGGCACGACGGGGAGCAGUCCCGAAGGCGGCUGGCGCCAGGCCGAGCACCGCGCUUUGACAGCUGGAGUCCGGGAGACGUCUUUGGGCCUCGCAUGCGCGAUGCUCUCGCCCUGCCCCACCUCUCGGUCGCGGAUUGGCGGGCGUGGGUCACGUGGGCACACCACCCGUUUCCUCGCCGCAGGGGGCCCGCCCGCCGGCUCGUUUCCGGUCCGGUGGGUCCAAGAUGACUGAGCCGGGCGCCUCUCCCGAGGACCCUUGGGUCAAGGCAAGCCCCGUGGGCGCGCACGCCAGCGAGGGGAGGGCGGGUCGGGCUCGUGCACGUAGGGGGUCCGGAAGACGAGGGGCUUCCCUCCUGUCCCCAAAGUCCCCCAUGCUCUCCGGGCCCCGGGGCUGCAGAGAAGACAGCUCUCACCCCGCGUGUGCCAAGGUGGAGUAUGCCUACAGCGACAACAGCCUGGACCCCGGGCUUUUUGUAGAAAGCACCCGCAAGGGGAAUGUAGUGUCCAGAGCUAAUAGCAUCGGUUCCACCAGUGCCUCUUCUGUCCCCAACACAGAUGACGAGGACAGUGAUUACCACCAGGAGGCCUACAAGGAGUCCUACAAAGACCGGCGGCGGCGAGCACACACUCAGGCUGAGCAGAAGAGGAGGGACGCCAUCAAGAGAGGCUAUGAUGACCUUCAGACCAUCGUCCCCACUUGCCAGCAGCAGGACUUCUCCAUUGGCUCCCAAAAGCUCAGCAAAGCCAUCGUUCUACAAAAGAGUAUGGCUAGGGAAAGCACUGGAGGGGCUGGAGUCAAGAGGGGCUGUGAAGAGGCCAGCGCCUCCUACCCACCCAUGGCUCGGCCUUGGUUUGCCAUUGACUACAUUCAGUUUUUGCACAAGGAGAAGAAAAAGCAGGAGGAGGAGGUGUCCACAUUACGCAAGGAUGUCACGGCCCUAAAGAUCAUGAAAGUGAACUAUGAGCAGAUUGUGAAGGCACACCAGGACAACCCCCAUGAAGGGGAGGACCAGGUCUCUGACCAGGUCAAGUUCAACGUGUUUCAAGGCAUCAUGGAUUCCCUGUUCCAGUCCUUCAAUGCCUCCAUCUCGGUGGCCAGCUUCCAGGAGCUGUCAGCCUGUGUCUUCAGCUGGAUUGAGGAGCACUGUAAGCCUCAGACCCUGCGGGAGAUUGUGAUUGGCGUCCUGCACCAAUUGAAAAACCAGCUUUACUGACCAGUUCUUGGAAACCUGCAGAACAGCCAACAAGAGGCCCUUGAAUCUCUACUUGGCCACUAAACUGCUGGGCCCGUGAGACUGGACUACAACACCUCACACUGCUCAGCUGGUUUCUACUUGGUGUUUGGUUUUCCCAGCCCCAUUUUAUCUUCAGUGGAGCUGCGGUGUUUUGUGAAAGCUUCUGAUUAAUUUAUUAUAUUGACGAUAAAACUAGACCUAACCAGCCUAUCCCCCACUCCAUGGAAGUCCUUGGGAUGGGUGUCUGCUCUGGACACCCCAAAGAGCUCCUGCCCUCUCAGCCCUUUCUUCAAGCCUCAGAUUUCUACUCAUAAUCUACACAGAUUUGGAAACUUUUUUCUCUGUUUUGGUCUCGGGCAACAUUUGGCCCACAUUUGGGCAUUUUGGCAGUAGCUGUAUGGGAGAAAAAGAGUAAGAGGAAAUAUUCCCACCGCCACGAAGGGUGAAAGGGCACCUUGUGCCUAGACUAGGGCUGCCUGGUCAGUCCCAGGUGAGGCCAAGGGCUUUCUGGCCAUCUUAGGGAGGGGCCACCAGGUUCCUCCCCUCGCUUCAUAAUCCAUCACCUUCCUCCUCUGCUCUGGGUGGUAAGGGAAGCCCUCCUGGUUCCCACAGGCUGUGAUGCUGCAGAGGCAGGUGUAAUACAGCAGUACAUACUGGAAAUUUUUUAUUUUUCUAAAUACCAAUGGAAUUUUGCUACGGUUACAAUUUUGAAAUAUUAAGUGGGCCUCAAAAUCACCCCCAGCCUUUCUGUCUAGCAUAUCUUGGCCUCUCCCAUGUCUCAGUGUUGCCUGCGUUUCUCCUAGGACUUGGGGGUGGGGUGAAAGAGUACAAAAGAUACUCGAAAGGUCUCCUGGGGUACACAAGCCCAGUAGGUCCUGAGUGAAGCUGUGGGCCCUCCAAAUGCUCAUUUUAUAGCAACCUCUCUCUGCCUUAGUUCUCCAGGUUCACUUCUGCCUUCCUCAGGUUUGGUAUCUGGCAGGUUUGACUAUCCAGAGGAAAUUAAAUAUUUUUAUAUCAAAUUAAAUUACAAUAAAUGUUGCCAAAUGCUUUCCUUUA